GUCACAUGACAGUCAUAUGACCGAGUGUUUGUGAGAUGGCCGCGUCGCGCGAGCACCGGUCUCUUCUGAAUGAAGAUGACGAUGAAGAUGAUGAAGGUGCGUUGGAGAGCAUGAGCCCGCUGUGUGAUCCGCGUCACCUGCUGCACCGGAUCGUGGUUCUGUGCUUCAUGUGUUUCCUGGGCUUCGGAAGUUAUUUUUGCUAUGACAACCCGGCUGCUCUUCAAACUCAAGUCAUACAGGAUAUGAAUCUGAACACAGCUUCCUUCAUGCAGUUGUAUGCGUGGUACUCAUGGCCCAACGUGGUUCUGUGUUUUCUGGGUGGGUUUCUGCUGGACAGGGUCUUUGGCAUCAGGUGGGGAACGAUAAUCUUUGCAUCAUUUGUGUUAUUAGGACAGAUCAUAUUUGCUGCUGGUGCACUGGUCAAUCAUUUCUGGCUGAUGGAAUUCGGACGCUUUGUUUUUGGUAUUGGUGGAGAGUCAUUGGCUGUGGCUCAGAACACAUAUGCAGUUAACUGGUUUAAAGGCAAAGAGCUCAACCUGGUGUUCGGUCUUCAGCUCAGCAUGGCCAGACUGGGAAGUACAGUAAACAUGAAUGUCAUUGGUUGGGUAUACGGUCGUAUUCAGAUGAUGGUGGGCUCAGCCGGAUACACCACACUGGGAAUAACACUCAUGAUCUCGGCGUCCACGUGUCUCUUCUCGCUCAUAUGUUCACUGGUUCUGGGUUUCCUGGACAGAAGAGCAGAGAGGAUCCUUCACAAGGAGCAGGGAAAAACUGGAGAAGUGAUCAAGCUUACAGAUGUUAAGGAUUUUCCGCUCUCUCUAUGGCUUAUCUUCAUCAUAUGUGUGGGAUAUUACGUGGCCAUCUUUCCAUUUAUUGGACUCGGCCAAGUCUUCUUCAUAGAGAAGUUCAGUUUCACUCCUGUCCAGGCCAGAGCCAUCAACAGUGUAGUGUACAUCAUCUCAGCCCCUGCUUCACCUUUGUUGGGCUUUGUGGUUGAUAAGACGGGCCGGAACAUCAUGUGGGUUCUGUUGGCUGUAGUCACCACACUCUUCUCUCACGUCAUGUUGGCCUUUACCCUCUGGAACCCCUGGAUUGCUAUGUCUAUCUUAGGUUUGUCUUAUUCUCUUCUGGCCUGUGCACUUUGGCCAAUGGUGGCAUUUGUUGUACCAGAACAUCAGCUGGGAACUGCAUAUGGAUUUAUGCAGUCUAUACAGAACUUGGGUCUGGCUCUCAUCUCGAUGGCCGCAGGAACUAUCUUAGAUACCAAAGGAUAUCUCUUCCUUGAGGUCUUCUUCAUUGCCUGCGUGUGUUUGGCUUUGAUCGCUGUAGUCUUGUUGUAUCUGUAUAACUCCUAUAAAGAUGGAGAACUGAAUCUGUCUGCUUCAUCAAGAGCUCAACGUACUAAAGCUGAGUGAAGCUUCUUCUCUUCUUCUCUUCUCUGAGCACCUGACUGGCGUCCUUCAUCACGGGACUUCAUCACCUUCUCUUCUCUCACACAUCACUGAGCACUUCAGAUAAAACAUCUGAAUCAUCUCACAUCACUUAAGAGCUGAACUGAUUCUGGGCCUCCAGAGCUCAGUUAUCCACCCCAUUUUAUCUACAGACAAAAGUCUGUAAAGUGACUGCAUAUACAACGGUUAAAAUAAGUUAUUACGUCACCAUUUUUUUUAGUUAUUAUAUUUCUACAUUUUCAUUCUUCAUGUUGAUAACAACCUAUACAAUUGUCCCAUGCAAAGAAAUCAAACCAUAGAAGUCCAUAAAGGAGGUUAUGUUUAAUCAUGUAAAAUGACACAGGCAAAAGUAUUGGAUCCCUGAAGAGAAGGAGGUGCAAAAAGGCAUGGAAAGCCAAGACAAUCAGCAAAGCAAUCCUGUCCCUUGUCCGUGCAAAUAAUAACAGCUGUAUAAUAUAAAAUAGUAUUUCAUUACCAAGCUGUCAUGCUAGAAACAUCUCAUGAUGUGUAAAUCCUAACCCAAACACACAGCCAGAGGCCCACAGAAGAAUGAAAGGAUCAAAAUCACACCUGAGCAAUGCAUGCAACUAGUUUCUCCGUAAAGGAGGCGUCUUACAGCUUUUAUUUCCAACAAAGGCUUUUGUUCAAAGUAUAAAAAAAUACAUAAUAGUGUUCAAUAACUUUUUCCCUGUGUCAUUUUACAUAAUCACACAUAACUUAAUUUAUGGACAUCUAUUGCAAUGGUUGUUACCAACAUUUGGUGAAAAUUUCAUGCUUUCAAUACUUAUUUUACCCGCUUUAUAAAGCUAAACAUAGCUACACAUAUAAGCGAUGUCCUUCAGAGAUCACAGAGAUGUUUGUGUCUACAGUUAACAUGUAUACUUUACCCAACAAUAAUUUGUUUAGAUUUUAUGCAGAAUAUAUUCAACAAGUGAAUAUAUCAGAGUUCAAUACCAUAGUUAAUGAUAGGGAGCCUGUUUUACUUAAACAUUGGGUUUAGGGACAGGGCUUCAGCACUGGAUUUUUAUUUCAAUAAUCUAAAACACUAUACUUUUACAUUGUACAAAUUCAUAAUCAAAUUAGCCACCUCAAAAUAGUUCACAAUUCCUGUGGGAUCAAGCUGGAAUAAGAAAAUAGCUCACAGCAGAUUCACCGGAUUUGAACUAGCAUGUCGGUUCACACAGCAUUCCUCUAACCAAACCUCAGUUACUGAAAAAAACAGACGAGCAGGUGGACUUUCAUUUACUUCAUCUGUUAAUGAAGUAUUGCUAAAUGUUUAAUAGUAAAUAUGUACAGUUUACUCUCGUCACAGCUCUUUAGGAUUGUCUUUGCUAGGGUAUUUCAUUCAUAAUCACUGAUAAUACUGAAUGAAUUCAUAGUUUUAGAGUCAGAAUCUAGAGUCACUUGAUCAAAACAAUACUCUUCUCCACUAUUCAUCUGCUAUCAGCUGGGAUUUUAUGGUUUCUUUUUUGCACUUAUCUACUGUUUUUAAUUGUUUUAAGUGUUUUUUGCACACUUGCAUUACUUGAAUGAUUUUAUAUUCCAGAAAGAGGUUUUUGCAAAUAAUGUGAAAACAUUAAAAUUGGCUACUUAACA